GUCAUAGAUACGCAACUGAGUACGCGGGAAAUCUGCCACAGCAGAAUGGAUCCGCCUGAGGUAGAGUUUCUCGCAGAGAAAGAGAUGGUAAAAAUAAUUCCGAACUUCAGUCUCGACAAAAUCUAUUUGAUUGGGGGAGAUCUGGGUCCGUUUAACCCAGGGCUGCCAGUGGAAGUUCCUGUGUGGUUGGCCCUCAAUCUUAAACAAAGACAGAAAUGCAGGAUAGUUCCUCCAGAAUGGAUGGACACCGACAAACUAGAGGAGAUCCGAGAACAGGAGAGAAAACUAGAAACUUUCACUCCCAUUCCAAGCCCGUAUUACAUGGAGCUAACCAAAUUAUUACUCAACCAUUGUGCAGAUAACAUCCCCAAAGCCGAUGAGAUCCGAACCCUAGUGAAGGAUAUCUGGGACACACGCGUGGCCAAACUAAGACUUUCUGCUGAUAGUUUCAUCAGCCAGCAGGAGGCUCACGCACAGCUGGAUAACCUCACGCUGAUGGAGAUCAACACCACACGCUCCUUCCUGCUGGACUCUCUCAACUACAUGUAUAAACUGCGCUCAAACCUGCAGCCGGGAAAAAGUCACGAUUACUGAGAUGUUCUCAUAUAACAGUAUUGAUCUGUCGUUUUUCAGGCUUUACUGCAAUAUUUAGUAAAACAACAACAGGCUGAAGUUUGCUUUAAUGAGCUGAUAUGGCUGUUUGAAAAUGUAAUACUACUAUCAUGGAAUCAUAUCUUGAGUUUGUGACCUCUGCUGUGACCCGGCAUGUAAAUAGUAAGAGAUACUGAGCAGUCUAGGGGGGAAAAAACACGUAUGCAAUAAAGGUGUGUUUUGUUUUUUUAUGAAAAUUGUUGACCAUUUUAAUUUGUUUAAAUGUGUACUUGUCCCGGUUACUGUAUCUGUUUGUAACCCUGGACCAUAGCUCUCUCUCUCUCUCUCUCUCUCUCUCUCUCUCUCUCUCUCUCUCUCUCUCUCUCUCUCAAUUUUCUUUGUAGACGCAAAAUAGCACUAGACUACUUCUUAACCUAUUUAAUUCAUAAAGUUGUCAUUAAAACAAGUUUUUAUGGGAGGCGCCUGCAUGUUCACUUGCAUUUUUGAUAAUGAUACUGUAUAUCACUCAAAAACACAUUAAAGGCCUAAUUCAUAAUAAUAAAUCUUACUUAAAAUGUCUCCUUUCCCCUCCAUACAUUCAUAAUAAUGUGGCAGAAUAAGCUGCUUAAGGUGGAUAGUUUUGGGGGAAAAAAUAACUGCUUGAACGACUAGUUAAGUUGUUGAGAGCAGUUCUAAUAACUUCCACUUUAAGUACUGUCACAUCUGUAACCAAGGGACGUCACGACGACGUAUUUAUCAAGUUACCGUUUAACUUUAUGAAUGCCUAUAUUUUUAUAGGAAGAGGAGGGGGAAUGUAGUCUAUAGUUGAUCAUCGGAGACCAUCAUCUGUAGGGUUGUACAGAUAAUUACAGUACGCAGUACUUAUUUUUUGUCAAGUAUUUAUUGUCAAGUACUUUAUUUUUGUGUACUGUACUUUUACUUUUACAGAACUGAGAGACGAAUAAAAGACAAAUAAACUCAGAUAGUAUUGCAGUAUUUAUAGAAGUUGGUUUGUAGUUUUGGAAUGGUUUAUAGCUGUGAAAAUAUUAACAAUGACAAGCUUAAAAUGUUUUUUUUCCCUCUUCAUACCAUUCAUUCAGGUGUAUAUUAAUAUUCUAUUCAUGUGCUGUCAAGGGGAAAAAAUCUGUAGUACGAAGUGUUCCUAGACCUUUUUGGAAAGAAAAAUGUUGGGGCAAGAGGUUUUUGUUUGAUUAAAAAAAAAAAACGGCAAACACAUUUUUGCAAUAUUUAAUUUUUUUGUCUGAAAUUACAGCAAUAUAUCCAUAAAUACCUAAUUACUACACUCAACAAAGAAUAUAUUACAUUACAAUAAAUCCAAACAAGUACAUAAAAAAAUAAAAUAACAAAAAAAGAAAAACAAACAAAAAA